AUGGCAAUUCACCUGGAUGUGAGCCAACUCAACACCGUCAUCGCCAUUUUUGGCUUCUUCAUUGCCGCCUUCGGCUUCAUCUCGGUCAAGUUUAAGAAUCAUUGGUAUCUUGGUGAAGCUCUCCCGGCGUUCGUUUUCGGUGCCAUCAUGGGUCCUUUGGCAAUCAAUUGGCUCGACUCUCGAAAAUGGGGAUCCGCCAUCAUUGGGCAGGUCCCCGACAUCACCUUGGGCCUGACCCGCGUGGUCAUUGGCGUGCAACUCGUGAUGGCCGGCUACCAACUGCCUGCCCAGUUUGUUCGCUAUCGCUGGAAGGAGAUGUUCAUUAUCUUGAUCGUGGUCAUGACGCUGAUGUGGCUGUGCACGGCGGCCUGCAUGAUGGCCCUUGUCCCGAACAUCACCCUCCUUGCCGGCCUGGCCAUUGGCUCUCUGGUCACCUCUACCGACCCGGUGCUGUCGCAAGCUGUGGCUAAGGGUCCAUUUGCGGACAAGUUUGUUCGACGCAACUUGCGUGAAAUCAUUUCUGCAGAAGCGGGUGCCAAUGAUGGAUUCGGGUUCCCGUUCCUCAUGCUCGCCACAUACCUCAUUCGACAUGCGGAGAGUGAUCAAGUCGACGCAGAGGUGGAAGCAUUCGAGGAGAGCGGCGGGGUGCCAGAGCGUCUAGUGCGCUCGCUUGGCUCCCUCGUAGCUCGUGCUGGCGACAGCGACUCUAGCGAUCUCGGCCGUCUUGGUGGUGGUAUUGGCGAAGCGCUCAAAAAUUGGGGUAUCGAGACUUGGUUGUACUUCGUGCUGAUGUCUAUCGCCUAUGGUGCUGUUGUGGGCACGAUCAUGUUGUUCGCUACACGUUUCGCAACCAAGAAAAAGUGGAUUGAUGUUGAGUCAUAUCUCCUCGUCCCCACCGCCAUCGGUCUCUUCACCAUUGGUACUUGCGGUAUGCUCGGCACUGAUGACCUCCUGGCCUGCUUCGUGGCAGGAAGCAUCCUCAACUGGGACGGCGAGUUUCUCCGGGAAUGCGAACGCAAACACGACGAGGUCAAUGGCACUAUUGACGUGAUCCUCAAUCUGGGCGGUUUCGCAUACAUUGGCAUGAUUAUCCCAUGGCGAGAUUUUCAGGACCCUGAUGGCACCGGAUUGACGGUGCCUCGUCUGGUCGGUCUUGGAAUCAUGGUGAUCUUGUUCCGCCGUCUGCCAGCCAUCUUCGCCACAUACAAGCUCAUGCCGUCCUGCAUCAAGGACUGGAAGGAGGCUUUGUUCAUGGGCUACUUUGGGCCCAUUGGCAUCGGAGCCGUCUUCUAUGUCGAGCACGCCCGCCACCUGUUCCCAGAGUUGGAGGAAGCGCAGACCGAAGAAGAACGCACACUAAUUAGAGUCAUGUUCCCAGUCGUGUACUGGCUGGUGUUCUUCUCCAUCGUGUGGCAUGGUCUGUCAAUCCCAGUGCUCAACGCCUUCUACAGCUGGAGGGGCGUGCAGCCCGUGCAGGACGAGGAUGGCCCAGUUGAAGUCAAGGUCCUGUCGGAGAACAAUCCCCUCCCCAACAACUCAACGCCCUCGCGCCGGGGCUCCGCAUACGUUAGCAACCGCUUCUCGCGCAGCUACAAUACGGCUGACUUGGAUCUGCACGCCAUCGAAGACUACCGUCGUCGUACCCAGCAGUGGGAAAGCGUCCAACUCGGACUUGACGAUUCCACCGACAGUGUCGCCGCCACUAGUGGCACGACUCUGGGCGACGAGAAGGAACUGGCCUCGCGGCGCAAGACCGCCAUUCAGUGGGACAACCCUUACUACCAGGCGGCGCUACGGCGGAACCGGAUAUCCAAGGCUUUUCAGAAGGACGAGGAGGAGGGCAGGGUCGUUACUGGUCAGGAAAGCCCCAGACCUAAGACGGGCUGGAUGUGA